AUGGUGGAAAUAUUUCGUCGCUCAUAUGCUUCUACCGUACGCCCUGCGACUGCCCCAAGACCGAGUCCAAACGUCAAGCAUGUCCGAGAGAACGCCGAGCUCUAUGCUCAGAACUGUCGCGACAGGAACUAUCCAGCGCAUGCGGAGUACCCUUUCAAGAUACAGCAACUGUCUGAAGAACUCCGACAGAUUGAUAAACAACUUAUGCCCUUCCGUUCACGAAUAAAAGCCCUCGAGAGGACGAUUGGGAGACUACAAAAUCCGGCCACCGGCCCAGAAGAAAAAGAACAGGAGCCCGCCAUUCGCGCUGAAGCUCAGCAGCUCAAAAACGAAUCAGCGGCGCUGAUAACACGCAGAGAAUUAUGCGAUGAACAAAUACACGACCUCGCCCUCUCCCUUCCAAACCUUACCUCCCCCCAUACCCCCGUCGGCUUGGAGCCAGCCUUGGUUGAAUACCUCAAUUUCGACCCUCAAUCCCCGCCAGCAUGGGUCAGCAGCCCUGACCCAUUACGAUCUCAUGUGUCUAUUGGCACUGAUCUUGGUCUGAUCGACUUUACCAGCGCUGCAACCACCACGGGCUGGGGCUGGUACUUCCUCACCGGUGACGGCGCUCUUCUAGAACAAGCCCUAAUUCAAUACUCUUUGUCCGUUGCGCGCCGUCACGGCUGGACUCCCAUUUCUCCGCCCUCAAUCGUCUGGUCUUAUCUCACAGAAGCCUGCGGCUUUCAACCGCGCGACCAGAACAACGAGCAACAAAUAUGGGCCAUUGAGCAAGCUGAGAAGGACAAAGCAAAGCCUCCGCGGUCCCUCGCGGCUACAGCUGAGAUUCCUUUAGCUGCCAUGCAUGCCCGCAAUGAACUGGAUCCGGCUGCCCUGCCGAUUAAACUAGUGGGGCCCAGUCGCUGCUAUCGUGCCGAGGCAGGCUCUCGCGGCGUAGACACCAAGGGCCUGUACCGCGUCCACGAAUUUACCAAGGUUGAGAUGUUCGGCUGGGCUGACAGUUCCCCUACAUCGUCAUCACCAACCUCAGACGAUCUCUUCGAGGGUCUCCUGACAGUGCAAAAGGAGAUCUUGACCUCUCUCCAACUUCCUUGUCGCAUCCUGGAGAUGCCCACCUCAGACCUUGGAGCCAGCGCUACUCGGAAACGUGAUAUCGAGGCAUUGUUCCCGUCUCGUAUGCGUGGUAAUGGUCUUGAAGACGCCUGGGGGGAAGUUACUUCCGCUUCUAUCUGCACAGACUACCAAUCACGACGAUUGGGAACCCGCGUGCGCGGGGUUAAGAGCGUCUUCCCGCACACCGUCAAUGGAACCGCGGUGGCCGUGCCGCGAGUCCUGGCUGCUAUCCUGGAGAACGGGUGGGAUGCAGAACGAAAAGUAGUCGUCCUACCUGAAGUGCUGCGACCCUUCAUGGGAGGCGCAGAAGUUAUUGGAAAGUAA